AACCCUGCUCAAAGAGGAUGAGAAAUUGAGAAUCGGCCAUGCUUAAAUCGGCUUAAACGAUAGACGUAGAUCUGAGUGACUAUCGACAAGUGAGUGGCUUUUGCUGCUGGAUUGUGGAUUCAAAACCUUUGUUAUUCUAUUUUAAUUAAAGGACAACACCUUCAGGGAAAGUUGUGUUGUUGAAUUAUUUUAUAGCUACUUGCUGAAGCUUCGUAAACUUAGAUUUCUACCAUGUCCCGUAAAAACAGAGGCAAAGGCAAACAGAAGAAAGUCAUAGAAAAUGAAGAAGAUGAAAAAGAAUAUAUUGUUGAGGCAAUUGUGGAUCGGAGGGAGAAGAAUGGUAAAGUUGAAUAUCUUCUGAAAUGGAUUGGUUAUUCAGACGAGGACAAUACUUGGGAGCCCCAAGAGAACUUGAACUGCACUGAUCUGAUGGCAGCAUUUGAAAGAAAAAGAAAGGUAGAGCAGAAGAAGAAAACAAAACCAGUUGUCGAGAAGAAGGAAAAAGUUAAACGUCCACUAGUGCUGGAAGACUGUGAGAUUCAGCAACAAGAGGAGAAUAGGCCAGCAAAGAAAAAAGCCACAGAGGAGGAAGUAACAAAAGGUCAUCUGAAAGGGUUUGAACGAAAAUUGAUUCCCGAGAAGAUUAUCGGCGCAACAGAUAACGUUAGUGAAGAUGGUCAACUUCAUUUCCUCAUCAAAUGGGAAUCAACUGAGUUAGCGGAUCUGGUUCCAGCAAGCCAAGCUAAUGAGAUAUGCCCUCAAGUCGUGAUCGAGUUUUAUCAAAAUAACUUGACUUGGCCAAGCCUUAACAACAAAGAAGUUUAAAGGAGAAGAGCUACAAGAAAACGACUUGAAAAAUAAUCUCAAUUUCAAUUUUUUUUAUUCAUUCAGCAUGUUUGACUGUGGUCAGAAUUGACACUUGUGUGUUACCUCUUAUCCAAUGCUUCUUUCUUAAUAUUGUUUGUGUCAACACAAAUAUUCGAUAAUCAAUUUUUAUACUGAGAACCAGGAAAAUACAGUAAUAAUUUAACAGGG